GAAUAAAAGUCAUUAUGCCACGUGUCAUACCACGUAGAUACGGACUCUUCCAAACCAAAGUUUAAUUUAAAUUAAAAUUUAAUUUUUUCCCUUGUUAGAAAGUUGCAGAGAGUCAGGUAGAUAGAAUAGAACCCAAAGAAGAGAAGAAUAGAGAAGAGAAGAGAAGAGACAGGUCUAAGAGUAUUCUUCUUCUUCAUUUUUUCAGUCCACUACUCUUCUCUCUUUCCCAAAAUUACCUGACAGAGUUUAAUUUUUAUAGCUCUUUCCCAAUCCUAAUUUAACAAUCUUAUCUGCAUUUUGAUUCACCAACCUCUUCUAUUCUUCCUCACCUGAAUAAAGUUUAAGCUUUAUUUGAAUCUGUAUAUAUCUGUGGAAGUUCAAUUACAGCUCCAUUUUAAUUGGAUUUUUCUUUUAUUAUUGUUAAUUUCAAACAUUUCCUUUAUUGAAGAUUUGGGCUUCUUUUUGUUUUGUAUUUUUUUUUUCUUUAUCGAAUUGGGAUUGUGUUUGUUUCUAAUUCGGGACGUUGUGGGAGUUUCUUGGGUUUGGUUUUGAUUUUGGGGUUUGAUAAAAUUUAAGAAUUGAAGGAUCUGGGGUCCUCGUUUUGGGGAUCGAAUCUUGAUCUUCUCGAUCGUUUUGGUUUAAUUAUUAUCGGUUUGGAUCCGAUCAAGGGAGAAACAGCGCCAUCAGAUGGCGCUGUUCAGAAGGUUCUUUUAUAGAAAGCCGCCGGAUCGGCUUCUGGAAAUCUCCGAGAGGGUCUAUGUUUUUGAUUGUUGCUUCUCCACUGACGUGUUGGAAGAAGAUGAAUACAAAGUGUACUUGGGUGGCAUUGUCCCGCAGCUACAGGAUUACUUUCCUGAUGCUUCCUUCAUGGUUUUUAACUUUAGAGAAGGGGUGAGGCGAAGCCAAAUAUCAGAUGUAUUGUCUCAGUAUGACAUGACAGUAAUGGAUUACCCGCGACAAUACGAGGGAUGCCCACUUCUACCGCUGGAGAUGAUCCAUCACUUCCUUCGAUCAAGUGAAAGCUGGCUGUCAUUAGAGGGGCAGCAAAAUGUGUUGUUGAUGCACUGCGAAAGGGGUGGGUGGCCUGUCCUUGCUUUCAUGCUGGCAGGUCUUUUGUUGUACCGGAAACAGUACAAUGGCGAACAAAAGACACUUGAGAUGGUUUACAAGCAAGCUCCUAGGGAACUUCUUCACCUGUUAUCUCCUUUAAAUCCACAGCCUUCACAGCUGAGAUAUCUUCAGUACAUCUCUAGAAGAAAUUUGGGUGCUGAUUGGCCUCCAUCAGACACCCCUCUCCAUUUAGACUGUUUGAUACUUAGGCUCAUUCCACUUUUUGAUGGGGGAAAAGGUUGCAGGCCUGUUAUAAGGGUUUAUGGUCAAGACCCUUCAACGCCAGCCAACAGAAGUUCGAAGCUUCUGUUUUCAACAACAAAGGCAAGAAAACAAAUUCGCCUUUACGGACAGGCAGAAUGUCUGUUGGUGAAGAUCGAUAUCCAUUGCCGUAUUCAAGGGGAUGUUGUUCUUGAGUGUAUCCACUUAGACGAAGAUCUUGUACGUGAGGAGAUGAUGUUUAGAGUUAUGUUCCAUACAGCAUUUGUGCGGUCAAAUAUUUUGUUGCUAAAUCGUGAUGAAAUUGAUGUUUUGUGGGAUGCCAAAGACCAGUUUCCCAGGGACUUUAAGGCAGAGGUACUUUUUUUGGAUGCUGAUGCCGUUGUCCCUGAUAUCACCACAGUGGUGGCAAGUGAAGAUGGAAAUGAGAAUGAAAGUGCUUCACCAGAGGAAUUCUUUGAGGUCGAGGAGAUUUUUAGCAGUGCAGUGGAUGGGACAGAAGGGAAGGGGGACUUGGAUACCCCUAGAACUCGCAACACCAGGCCAGAAGAGUUAGUUCACAAAGAAGUUUGGAAGGAAGAUUUUGAUCCUCACACUUUCCAAGACUGUCCAUCAGAUGAUGGGAACUACAAACUAGAUAAAAAGGUGGAUUCUAAUAUAGAUGCUGUAAAGGACAUUGCUGUGGAUGAUGUGAAAUAUAAGCUGGAUGAUAAGGUGGACUCUGAUAUUAAUGUAGUUAAAGAUAUUGCUGUGGACGAGGGAGAUGCCAAAACAAAUGCAAUGUUGGUUACUGAAGAGGUGCUGAGACAUGCCAUAACCAAGGAAGUGAAAGAAGAUGCUAAUGGAAAAUUGGAAGAGAUGGACAAUGGAAUCGAUGAUGAAGACGCUGCUGUGGAAAAGAAGUUGGAUUCCAAGGUUUCACAGCAAAAGUCAAGUGUUGAUAUCACUAGGCAAAAAUCUGACAAAUUUCAGUCUGUCACUAGGAAACAGCCAACAUCAAACACAAAAUCAGCAGCAGAUACAAGUGUAGCAAAACACAAGACUAAGCAGCAAGAGUCUCAGGGUAAAUCAGCAAAGCCAGCAGUAUCUAGGUGGAUACCCACAAACAAAGGCUCUUAUGUGAACUCAAUGCAUGUGUCAUAUCCAACAAAUGCAGUGCAUGUAUCAUAUCCUCCAUCAAGAUAUAAUAGUGCACCUGCUGCUCUUUCCAGCUCAGCUACUUCUAAGGAGUCUAAUUCAAAUACAAAAUCUAGGGUGGCUUCCCUGAGUUCCAUUGUCACAAACGUGGCUUCUAAUGAUCUAGCCAAUGAACAAAAAAUUCAUAAGGUGGAUAGGAUAAAGCCUUUAGACUCUAUCCAAAAGAAGCUUGCACCAAGCCAGGCAUCUUCUAUUCAAUCAAUUGAAGAGACUGCUUCAUUAUCCCCUGUUUCAACAUCAUCCUUGUCCCCUGUUUCAACAGUGACACGUGCUUCUCAACAACAAAUAGUACAUACUCCCCAACCUAAAACAGUUGUGUCGCCUCCUCCACCACCUCCUCCUCCUCCACCACCACUGCCACAUCUUUCUAAUAGUUCGUUCGUGCAUAUACUUUCUAGUAAGUCUUUAACAUUGUCUUCCCCACCUUUAAGAGUAGAUGCUCCUCCUUCUCCUCCUCCUCCUCCUCCUCCUCCUCCUCCACCCCCACCUCCACCCCCAUUUUCAAGUAGCAACACAUCUUAUGUAAAGCCAUCACCCAUGUCCUUGGCUCCACCUCCUCCUCCUCCACCACCACCACCACCACCACCACCACCACCACUUUCCUCUUUGUCCAAAACUCUCAUGCCCUCUACUGGACCUACACCACCACCACCACCCCCUCCCCCACCUUUUUCAUCUAGUAGGCCAAAUAGUGGGGCUAUGUUAUCUCCAUCGCCAUCACCUUGGACGUCUAUAUCUUCUCUUGUUAGUGCAACAAGCUAUCAACCACCCCCGCCUCCACCUCCACCCCCACCCCCCUAUUCUCUUAAUAUGUCAAGUGCAUCAACACUUACUAAUAAUAGAGUUGAUAUACCAUACCACACUCUUCCUCCACCUACUCGUGGUAGCCAACCUCCACCUCCGCCACCACCUCCACCACCGCCUCCACCUCAAACUUUGCCUACAUCGUUACCGCCACCACCUCUUCUUCCUUCUCGUGGAUCUUCGCUUCCAGCUUCUUUGCCUGGUGCGUCACCUCCUCCUCCACCCCCUCCACCUCCUAUGUAUGGAUCACCAGCCCCACCACCUCCAUCAACCCGUGGAGUACCGCCGCCGCCGCCACCACCUCCAACAUGUGGAGCUCCACCCCCACCGCCCCCACCACCAUUGCGUGGAGGCCCAACUCCACCACCGCCUCCUCCAAUGCCUGGAGUUCCGCCACCGCCACCACCUCCAAUGCGCGGGGCUCCACCGCCGCCGCCACCUCCAAUGCGCGGGGCUCCACCGCCGCCACCACCUCCAAUGCGCGGGGCUCCACCGCCGCCACCACCUCCAAUGCGCGGGGCUCCACCGCCGCCACCACCUCCAAUGCGCGGGGCUCCACCACCACCACCACCUCCAUUUAGUGGAGGCCCACCUCCUCCGCCACCUCCAAUGCGUGGAGCACCACCUCCACCUCCUCCACCAGGAGGUCGGGCUCCAGGGCCUCCACCUCCACCGAGACCUCCAGGUGGGGCACCUCCUCCACCUCCUCCUGGCACCAAAGGAGCAAUUCCUGAUGCAAGAGGCCUAUCUUUAGGGAGGGGGCGUGGGCUUCCACGUCCUAUGGGGAUGGGGGCUACUGCCACUGCACCUCGAAGAUCUUCAUUAAAGCCACUGCACUGGAGCAAGGUGACAAGAGCAUUGCAAGGAAGCUUGUGGGAAGAGUUGCAAAGAUAUGGGGAUCCUCAAAUUGCUCCAGAAUUUGAUGUAUCAGAGAUAGAGACUCUUUUCUCUGCAACAGUCCCCAAACCUGCUGAUUCAGGGGGAAAAGCUGGAGGGCGUCGUAAGUCUACAGGAUCCAAAACUGACAAAGUGCACCUGAUUGACCUGAGGAGGGCAAACAACACUGAAAUUAUGCUCACAAAAGUUAAGAUGCCACUUCCUGAUAUGAUGGCUGCAGUGCUAGCGAUGGAUGAAUCAGUAUUAGAUGUUGAUCAAGUGGAAAAUUUAAUAAAAUUUUGUCCUACUAAAGAAGAGAUGGAACUUCUCAAGGGUUACACAGGUGAUAAAGAGACCCUGGGAAAGUGUGAACAGUAUUUUAUGGAGUUGAUGAAAGUUCCUAGAGUGGAAUCAAAAUUGCGAGUGUUCUCUUUCAAGAUUCAGUUCAACUCUCAGAUUUCAGAAUUUAAAAAGAGUUUGAACACUGUGAACUCUGCAUGUGAAGAGGUCCGGAAUUCCUUCAAAUUAAAAGAUAUUAUGAAGAAAAUUCUUUUUCUGGGUAAUACUUUAAACCAGGGGACUGCGAGAGGUUCUGCAAUUGGAUUCAAGUUGGACAGUCUUUUAAAACUUAGUGAUACACGUGCUUCUAACAGCAAGAUGACACUCAUGCAUUAUCUUUGCAAGGGUCUCGCUUCUAGGUCUACAGGACUUCUUGAUUUUCACAAAGACCUUGUCAGCCUGGAACCUGCAACAAAGAUACAAUUGAAGUCUUUAGCUGAAGAAAUGCAAGCUAUAAUAAAGGGGCUAGAAAAGGUCAAGCAGGAGCUGGGUGCAUCGGAAAAUGAUGGUCCCGUGUCUGAGGUUUUUCGUAAGACACUGAAAGGAUUCAUUACUGUUGCUGAGACGGAGGUGGUUUCUGUGACUAACCUAUACUCUGUGGUGGGUAGGAAUGCUGAUGCACUUGCCUUGUAUUUUGGCGAGGAUCCUGCACGCUGUCCAUUCGAGCAAGUGACAGCAACUUUAUUAAAUUUUAUAAGAUUGUUUCGGAAAGCACAUGAAGAAAAUUGCAAACAAGCUGAAUUGGAGAAAAAGAAAGCAGAGAAGGAAGCCGAAAUGGAAAAAGCUAAAGGCGUUAACCUCACGAAAAAAGCAGCUAAAUAGGCGGUAAUUGAUUUUCUGUUUCCUACCCCUACAUGAGAAAUUGAGCUCUUGCCUCCUUAGGAGGUCUGCCUGCCGUCGCGAUGGUUACUAGGUUGAUGCCAAAGGAAUCAACAAAACAGGGUUGAUGGUAGAGUAGACAUUGCACUAGGGCCAUAUUAGAUUGUGUCCCUUUCCCCUGAUGUUGGUGCAAAGUUAAGCUCAACAAAAGGUGAUUUGAUUUGAGCCAAGCAAAAGGGAGACUGUCAGAGCCAGUAAGCCCAAUACAAGAAGCUUAGCAUUGCAUGCUCGACAAAUGAUUGUACAGUCGGGUGAUCCUGUUCAACUUAUCACAUUUAGAUAUCUCAGGUGGACCGAAACUCAGAACAGAUUUGGCGAUGAUCACCCUACGGAUUGGCUGAGAUUUGAAAGGUUUUUGACAUGGGGAUGAUUGCCAUCCUGAUGUUUUAUCUGCCCCGUCAAAGCCAUCACGGUGAGAGCAAGUAGGUGAUGCAGUUUUCUCAGCUUUCACCGUUGAUUUGACAUAAUAUUUUCCAGCUCCAGAUAUAAGAUUGUAAAGCACUCCUUUCAACUGUACCAUCAAAACCGUGUACAAAGCUCUAACCACUUAGUAUAGAAGUUGAUUCAUAUUUCUUGUAGCAUAUCAGUUAGAUCCUCUUUUAUCUUGACUUAAAUUGAAAUUUUGGAUAGGAAACCCCGUCAAAAUGUAGAUCUUUUGUAUAGAUUUAUUCAGGUUAGAAGAGAAAUUAGAAAGAAAAAAGAAGCGAAAAUGAAAGAGAAAAAGUGGGGUUGUAAUUAUAAGUGUAACAUAACAUAACUGAUAAGUACAGGUUUGUGAGGUAGAAACUGCUUGUUUCUUUCA